AUGCUCUCUCUCGCCCUCCGCUCAGCUAGCACGAACAGCCUGCCCCAAUCCGCUUGCAGCCCGCUCUCGCUGGCAUACUCGGCCAGCAUCAAUAACGUGGCAGACGUUGAAGAAAACUUUGAGGAGGAGCUACUGUUUGAUGACGGCGACGCGCAGCCGGGUUCGCCUGCUAGCGGCGAGGCCACCGCUGCUGAUGCGGCCCAGCUGCGGCAGCGGCGCCUCGAGAACGCCAAGCAGCACCUGCAGCAGUCACCCGUGAAGCUGUCUGUGCUAGCCUCAGCCUGGGAUGUGCCCGCGGCGCGCACAGCGGCAGUCCCCGCUGUCCUUGGCGGCGGCGGUGGCAUGGCCCAAUCCAUGCCGCGGCCGAUCAGCGGGUCGCGGCUGGUGCGGCUGGCGGCCGGCGACGACAGCGACGAGGAGGAGCCCUUCGUGCCGCCCCACCUGGCGGCCGGCAUGGCCGAGCCCCAGGUGUGCAUGUCUCACAGCAUGUCCACCAAGGGAGCUGCCGCCCUGCGCCUUCGCUCCACGACGCUGCGCCAGACGGGCUACCUGGAGGGAGUCAUGGGCAUGCCCGGCGCCACUCCCGCCCACCUGCCCAGCGCCUGA